AUGUUCCUAUUUUCAUCACUUCCUGUCCUUCGCCUUUGUGUGGUGGCUGUGUCCGGCUCAGAAACAAAAACCUGUGAAGAUGCCCAGAAGACCUGUUCAGUGAUUACCUGUGGCAUCCCCAUCACCAACGGCACCACAGGCAGAGAUGGGCGAGAUGGACCCAAGGGAGAAAAGGGGGAACCAGGGCAAGGGCUCAGAGGCCUGAAGGGCCCCCCAGGGAAGUUGGGGCCCCAAGGAAAUAUAGGGUUUCCUGGGUUACCAGGACCAAAGGGCCGCAAAGGAGGUCGUGGAGACAUCGCUGAGUCUAAGCUGGCUAACUUAGAGAGAGAACUAAGGCGCCUGAAAUCAGAACUGGACCACAUCAAAAAGUUGCAAACCUUCUCCUUGGGCAAAAAGUCUGGGAAGAAGCUCUAUGUGACCAGUGGUGAAAAGAUGACUUUUUCCAAAAUGAAGGCUCUGUGUGCUGAGCUCCGGGCCACCGUGGCCACUCCUAAGAAUGCCGAGAAGAACACAGACAUUCAGGAUGUGGUCAAUGACAUUGCCUUCCUGGGCAUCACAGAUGAGAGGACUGAAGGCCACUUUGAGCAUGUGACAGGAGGGAGGCUGAUCUACAGCAGCUGGAGGAGCAAUGAACCCAAUGACCAUGGCUUGCAGGAGGAUUGUGUGAUCAUCCCAAAGAACGGACUCUGGAAUGACAUCGCCUGCUCUUCCUUCUUUGAAGCCAUCUGUGAAUUCACAGCCUGA